AUCACUUUUACUGAAUGAUUGACGUAUUGUUUCAACGAUUGAUUUAUUGUUGAGUUUAGCCAUCAAUUGAUUGAUAAUUAAUUAUAACUAAGUUUUUGUCAUAUUUUAUACCUUAAUAUGAGUUCAGAGACAAUGUUUUGGUUCAAAGGAAGUGUUAACGAAGCGAUCAAUAAGUCUAGGGCUGAGAGGAAAUUGUUUGUCGUUUUCAUCAAUGGAACUGAUGACAUCUCCGCCAAAAUGAAUGGUCUCUACGAAAGCCUUUCCCAUUUGUUGUGUGAACUGCCGUUAAUAGCCAUCAAACUCGAGGCACAAUCAGAUAAUUGCAAUCUUUUCUCUCAAAUAUAUCCAGUGAUUGUGAUUCCGAGUACUUAUUUCAUUGACUCGAAUGGCGUUGCGAUUGAAAUCAUCGGCGGCUCUGUUGACGACCAAAACGUUUUGUUGCAGAGAAUUCACAAAACAAUCGAUAUUUACAAUCAGAGCUUAUCUUCGAGUGUAACUCAAAAUACCACACAAUCUAAUGAUAAUGAGAGAGCGAAGAGCGAACCCGUGUCUCAAGUGUCCAACACUCGUGAGCCAACGCCAGAAUCUACUCCUUCAGCGCCAGCGACUGCUUCCUCGUCUUCAGCCGUCGCUAGUGUUGAGUCUGAGAGGCCGUCGUUGGACUCAAAGGUCGAGAGAGCGAACCAAUUGAUUGAAGCGAUUCGACAAAAGAAAGCUAAAGAAGAGGAAGAAAGAGAAAAAGCCGAUGAAAUUGAGAGACGAAAGGGUAUGAAAGAAAUGUUAUCUGCAAAGCGUUUGCGAGAAGACAAGGAAAAGAUGGAUAUUGUGAAGGAAAGGGAACGCGAGAAGAGGGCAGAAAAGUUGGCGCGAGAGAGGGUUUUGGCACAAAUCGCUGCCGACAGAGAGGACCGCAAAGCGCGACAAAUGACUUUCACUGACAGCACUGAAAGCAAAACAACGGAACCAAACGAUGCGAACUCUUCGCAGUCUUCUCCAAAAGAGCCAGAAGUUCGUCAAAGAAUGGACAAAACGGCUCGCAUUCAGUUCAGACUUCCCGACGGCUCGACUAGAAAUAAUGUGUUCGAAGCGACUGAUAGUCUGGAAGUCGUUAAACAAUACGUGUCCUCCAAUCUAAACAUUAGGGGCUUUACUCUCUCCACUUCAUACCCUCGCAGAGAGUUCGGAACCAAUGAUUACAACCAAUCUCUACGAGAUUUGUCUUUGUCUCCCUCGUCGGUCUUACUAGUGGUCCCUAACUCUGGAAUCAUUAGUUCGCGAGCACUCACUUCACAGUCAUAUAUCUGGCAAAUACUAACAUAUCUAAUGAGUCCACUUGUGAUG